AUGAGAACGGCCACAGCAUCUUAUGCUAUCGUUGUAAGCGUGAGGGCCAUCGCGCCAGAGACUGCCUCGUCCUCAAGCAAGAGGCGCGGUUCGCGGCGCACCCGCUCGCGUUCGCGCUCUCGCGAACGGGGCGCCGACCGGGCCAGGCCAAGGGACCGCCGCAGCCCGUCGCCGGCCCGACACCGACGAAGCCCCGAGCCCCGACGUGCCCCCAAGGACGACCGCCACGAGGAGCGGGAGGAGGGCGAGAUGAUCGAAGCCACCAGCUCCGACGCUCGCCCGCAGCCCGCCGACUCGCCCGAGCCCGCUCGUGACCGGACGACCACCGCGACGACGGUCGACCCGUUGGCGCACGUCGACGACGACGACGAGGACGGCGAGCGCGACUUCCGGCGGGCGUUCGAGGACACCGACGGCAGCGAUGCCGAGCAGCGCGAGAAGGAGGACCGGCACUGGCGAAGAGCGUCGGACAACAACAACAACGACAGCAGCCGCGCGAAGAAGGCGAUGAAGGAGGAGAGCGACGCUCGCCGCCGGCCGGCCGACAGGCGGUCGCGCGAACGCGAGAGGCCUCAGCGCGACGGCAGCGGCCGAGAGCUGGCGACGAGGGGGGAUCGGGACACCAGAGCGGCGGAACCGGCGAGGCCGAGGGAGCGAGAGAGAGUGCGAGAGCGCGAGGCGGAGGAGAGGGAGCGCGAACGGCGACGACGCGAGGUGGAGCGUGAGAGGGAGCGCGAACGCGAGAGGGCCAGGGAGAGGGACCGCCGGCAGCGUGAGCUGGAGGAGCUGCGCAGGCGCGAGGGCAGCGCGAAUGGCGCAACGCGGCGAGUCGCCGCCCCCGACAGGCCUCCCCUCCCGAGCAGCCGCACGGCCGAGCGCGAACGGGAGCGCGAGCGGGAGAGAGGGCUCAAGCGCAAGGAGCGGUCGCCGUCGCCACCGGUGCGCGGCAGCAGCCGGCACACCAGGGAAGAGGAGCAGCAGCAGCAGAAGCACCGCCGCAUGGGCAGCAGCAGCAGCAGCAGCAACAGUGACAACGGGCAGCAGAAGCAGCAGCAGCCCAGCGAAGGGCCGAUCAGCCCCGUGGAGGAGCUGUUGGCCGUGCCCUCGUCGCCCGUGCCCCACUCCCCCGUGCGCGACGCCGCCGACGAGCCCCGUGGUACGCGGAGGGACAGGGAGCGCGACCGCGACCGCGACGACAGGCGGUCCCGCCCGUGA